AUGCAUAACACCCACCACACCACCCCCCACACGGGGACAGCCCACACCAGCACCGGAGCCUCUUCCGGUAGGGGCGCCGCCGCCGGCAGCGCUCUCAAGAACACCCUCGGUAUCGUCCGCGGCGCUGGCGAAGCCAUCCGUGGGGAAAUCAACACCUUCGCCGACAGCGCCAUGAGCAAGAAGGGUGCCACCCACAGCCAGCCCGUUACCCAGCAUGGUUUUGCCGGGACGAGUAGCGGGCAUCACCAUGGCACGGGUGCGGGAACGGGAGUUAUGGGAACCGGAAUGGGGACGGGAAGCACGAAUUACGGGCCGCAUUCGAGCAAUUUGGCGAACAAGGCGGAUCCGAGGGUCGACUCUGAUGGUGAUCGUCAUGGUACGAUGAUAGGUUCGGGGACCCAUGGGACCCAUUCGACGAAUUAUGGACCGCACUCGAGCAAUAUGAUGAACAAGAUGGACCCGCGGGUUGAUUCUGAUGGCGACCGCCACGCUACAACGGUGGGUACGACGACUCACGGGACCCAUUCGACCAACUACGGCCCGCACUCCAGCAACAUGAUGAAUAAGAUGGAUCCCCGGGUGAACUCGGACGCUGACCACCGCGGCACAGCGGCCGGCUCGACGAACUACGGCACCCACUCGACCAAUAUAGGUAACAAGAUGGAUCCACGAUUCGACUCGGAUCUUGACAACAGAGGCACCGCUGUCGGGAGCACAAAUCAUGGCCCGCAUCGGUCGAACCUGAUGAACAAGAUUGAUCCGAGAGUUGAUUCAGAUGCAAGCGGAACGAGGGCGGCGAAUAUGCCGGGGAAUACUGCUAGAUAUUAA